AUGGAGCUGGAGGCCGUCUCGUGGGCGCAGAGCAACUCGAAUUCCUCCUGCAACGGAAAUCCUAUUCAUGCGGGUAAUCUCCUCUCGCAUGCCCUUGCGUACGAUCUUCCUCUGGAAAUGUAAUUCUACGUCUUUCCGUGGCGGCUCCGUGGAGAUCGGGGCAUCUGGGUCCUCCUGUUUUCCCGCGCCGCCGCGGGAAUCUAGGUUACACCCUGCUGGACCAUGUCUUCGGAGACGUCGUACUUUUGGGAUCGGCUGAAUCUCAGUGGUAUGAUUGUCCUCCGUGGCUGCCUUUGCCUCGUCUUCCGCGUCUUCCGAUGGGCGCAGAGCCCGUUGCCGGUUGGAUUUUUUUUCUCAGUUUCAGUUAGAUACUUGAUCUAGGGUUUUGGAUCUCUGGAAUGUGGAGGUGGAGGCUUCACUCCGGUGCUUGGAGGACUCCCCUCCUGCGUUCUUCGGUUGGCUGGGCACACAUCGAUGA